GUUCCCUUCUCAGCAAAGUAACAGUUGCCUAGUGACGCCAAACUAUUGAGUUCCACUGAUUUCCUGCUACAGAAAAUCUCAACGCUGGCACUAAGCUAACGCUAAGUUUUUUCGAAGAUGUUCUUCAUCUGCUCCUUUUCUCCGAUUAGUUAUUCAAUGUGACUCAUCUUUAUCACAGUUCGGGAGCCGGAAGUAGCGCUUCGGAGGGUCGGGAUGUUUAACGAAAGCCCGGAGAAACGAUGAACAGCUAUAUUUUCAUCCGGGUGGUUGGGAAGGGAAGCUAUGGAGAGGUGAACUUGGUGAAGCACAAAACUGACCGAAAACAGUAUGUUAUAAAGAAGCUGAAUUUAAGCACUUCUUCCAAGAGGGAGCGGCGUUCUGCGGAGCAGGAGGCCCAGCUUCUGUCACAGCUGCGACAUCCCAACAUUGUGACCUACAGGGAGUCCUGGGAGGGAGACGAUCGUCAGCUGUACAUCGUGAUGGGUUUCUGUGAAGGAGGAGAUCUUUACAACAGACUCAAACAACAAAAAGGAGAGCUUCUGCCAGAGAGGCAGGUUGUGGAGUGGUUUGUCCAGAUAGCAAUGGCCCUUCAGUAUCUUCAUGAGAGGAAUAUUCUUCACCGGGACCUUAAAACUCAGAACAUUUUCCUGACAAAAACCAACAUCAUCAAAGUUGGAGACCUGGGCAUCGCCAGAGUGUUGGAAAACCAGAACGACAUGGCCAGCACACUUAUUGGGACCCCGUACUACAUGAGUCCUGAGCUCUUCUCAAAUAAACCCUAUAACCACAAGUCUGACGUUUGGGCCCUGGGUUGCUGCGUGUAUGAGAUGUCCACGCUGAAACAUGCCUUCAACGCCAAGGAUAUGAACUCACUGGUGUAUCGGAUUGUGGAGGGAAAGCUUCCACAGAUGCCGAGUCGGUAUGAUCCCCAGCUUGGAGACUUAAUCAAGAGCAUGCUGUCAAAGAAACCUGAAGAAAGGCCCGACGUCAAACUCAUCCUGCGGCAGCCUUAUAUAAAACGACAAAUUGCGAUGUUUCUGGAGGCUACCAAAGAGAAAACUGCAAAAUCAAGGAAAAAAGGUGACGGUGUGGAUUGCAGAUCUGGGACACCGUGUGAGGCGAAACCUGAGAGGCCUUCUGCAAGUCCACAACCUGAACCCCGAGACAGGACAAACUGGAAGGAAGGAAAAUCCCAACAGAAAAUACGGAGUGACAGAGCGGAUUCCCUCCCACCCAGGACACCUCCCCCACUCAAACCCUCCUCACCCGACGCCCUCAAAGCCAGUGCGGUCUCUAUGGCAACAGUCAGCAGCAUUAACAUUGAUGUCCCGCUGCAGCAGGAUGACGGAGUGACCAGGAGACAGGUGGCCCCGUCUGUAAUGUCACACCCCCCGCCACCCAACGCGGGUCACGCUCACAUUGUGCACAGAGAUGGCAAGCGGAGAGGGAAACCGGAUCCUGCGGCCCCCCCUGAUCCAGCCAAGCCCCACCUGAAGGCUGCGUCAGGUGUUCACAGCAAAGGGGGACACAAGACGGCAGAGAAGCAGCUCAAGCAGAACUCUGACAGCACAUUUGGGGAGAAGCAGGAGUCGGUUAUGGAUGAUGAAGAUGACACCACGGAGUUAUUGAAACAAGACGACGCGCACACAGCAAAUCUAGAGAAUGUUGUCAACAAAAAUGACACUUUUACGCUUAUCAAGCAGUCUUCAGUUCUGAACCUUCCCUCCCCAGAUGUCCAAGACAAACUCAAAGCUGCAGAAAAGCUCUUGGAGCUUGCAGAACCGGACUGUGAUCAGGGAGAAUCUUCCUCUGCAGCCUCUAAGACAAGUAAAGCCAGUCCAUGUCUGAACUUGUCAGGCUGCUCAGAGCCAGAGCAGAGACGACAACAGCAUAAAGGUCCAACACAAGAACACCAGAACAAGUUCAAAGUAACCACACCGAGACCUCUACCACAACCUCCUGUUGAGAGUGUGACUGUGGAGAGAAACAGGAGGAGCAAGAAGAGUCCUGACGUGACAGCAACCUCCUCGCUGGUCACUUCCUCUAAAGAUGGAAUCUUACCUUUGCCGCAGGAUCGCCUGUUAUCAGCUCGAGAGAGAAGAAGACUGAGACAGUCCCAGGAAAGCAUCAGUCAUACAGAUGCCAGCGCAGUUCGAAGAGCAUCCUAUGAUGUCACGUCCACUAAAUCAGAGCACGUCAACGUCCCAGUAACUCGAUCAGCUUCAUACUCCAUCACACAGACCAACAGUAAGGAUAAACUGAUGGAGCAAAGGUCAGACGAAGAUGAAUGCAGCUCAUCCACGAGCUCCACUGAGCGCUCAGAAGGAGACUGCAAGGAAAGGAAAAUUGAAUCAAGUGACAUGCAAGAUUUAGUGCACAUGAUGACUCAAACAUUGAGAAUGGAGGUUAAAGACGGCGGAGGGGACAAAAGUGCAUUUGACUCCACUUCUUCACUGCCGGAGUUCAAACUGAACAGGAAGUACAGGGACACGCUCGUUCUUCACGGGAAAGCUCGAGGGGAAGCUGAGGACCUGUCGCUCAGCAAAAUACCAAAAGGUUCUACAUCUGGUCCAGCCAAGAUCAGAAGAGCUAUAGAGAAGCUGAGAACUGAUGUGGUGAAAGGUCUGGGUGUUAAGCUGCUGGAUGAAGUGCUGGAAAUCCUGGAGGAGGAAGAAGAUGAGACCAAAAGAGAGCUGUGCCUUCGUGACCACAUGGGAGACGAGAAGUACCAAGCGUACGCUGUGAUGGUGAGGCAGCUGAAGUUUUUUGAAGAUAUGGCCUUUAAGGCUUGAAGAACAGUGGGAGAACUAUGAUUUUGUUUGGGAACACUUUGCAUUCGUUCACUGGUGCAUCUCCACCGAUCGUCAUUGCAGGAUUGCCUGUUCUUUGUGUGAGUUGUCACAGCAAAAUGGAAAAACUUGUUUACUGCCAAAAUAUACUUUUUUCUGACACUAAAUUUCAAAGGUUUCUGGUAUUUAACUGUAUCUAUGGAGGAUAAACAAAUGUGUAAUUAUGUAAAUAAACCAGCCUCCUUUUGAAAUGUGAAUGCACAGUAUGUUUGUCUUACAUAACUUAGAUUUCUUGUGUAAAGUUUAGUCAAUAAAAUUCUCUUUGAAUUUA